CAGUCUGUUUUACCUUUGGCUUUAAAUGAUGCUGUCUCCACAGAUGUUCCACAAAAUCUUAGGAGUAGCUUUUUUCCUGCUCCCAUUAUGUGCCCAAGGUACACCUGCAGGAUUUCUUUCAUAUAUUUUCAAGUAUUUGUCUGGAGGUGAAACAAAUGAAGGAUUUAUACCAACUUCCAAACCGGUGGCUGGUGGAGACAUUAAUCAUCAAUUGGAACGUCGGAUUUCCAGACUGGAAGGAGUCCUCCGCUUGGAAAAGAUGAUAACGGAAUCUGGAGGAAAAAUAUUUGCUAUCAGUGGGGAAAGGGCUGAUUUCAAUACUACGCUGCAAAAAUGCAAAGAAGCUGGAGGGUCUAUUGCUGCUCCGAGGAACCAGGGCGAGAAUGAUGCCAUUCGGUACUUUGUGAAAACUUUUAAUACCUACGCCUACCUAGGGGUAAAGGAAUCUCUUAUUCCAGGCAAAUUCCAGUUUCUGGAUGGUACAAAGCUGAGCUAUACUAACUGGCAUUUAAAAGAACCUUCUGGCAAAGGGGAGGAGGGAUGUGUGGAGAUGUACACUGAUGGCACUUGGAAUGACAAAAGGUGCAACCAGAAUCGCCUUAUUGUCUGCCAGUUUUAGUGCUUCCCUUGCUGCUCUCUGGCAGGCUUUCUGGAAUAUGCUUCUCUCUUGGUUGUCUCUUCAUUUGUAGCUAGUGAACUCAGACAAUGCAGCAUGAAAAAAUAAAAUUCACUCUUUCCCAGCCUGAUUUAUCUUUUAAACAAAUGCCAGCUAUAAAGAGGAAAUUGUUUAUAACAAAACCAGUGACCGUUUUGCCUGUUUUGUUAUUCAUUGCCCACUGAGUCUCUUAAUACUACUGCCUAUGGGUUUCCGCUGCUGUUAGACUGGUAAUUUAUUACAAGACCAAAAAAUAGAUUUCUUGGGCACAUACCUAAAGUGACUUGCAGCCAUAAGAUCUUCCAGCACCCCUUGACCCAUAAGCCUCAAAGUCAUGUGUAUUUUGAUCCCUUUCUGUAAGUUUCCCUUACCAAAACUACCUGUACAGACACUCCUGCUACCACUGUUGUUGCUAAGCCCGUGUUUCCUUGGCCACUCUCACCCACAACAGGUCCCUUGAAGGAAGACAUGAGCAAUGCUGAGAGGGUGACACAGAGCCAUGAGCACACAGGGGACUCACCCACCUUACAUUUCCCACAGGAAACUUUGGAGUUAGCAGGUCUUUAGCCUUCAUAUACCUCAAAAAUGGUGACCAGAAGCCACCAGUCCUGAGCCCCUUCAGCAACUCCUAAUCCCUUUCUGACUCAAAGGAGUGAACCCAAGGUUCUAUGCCACAUGGGAUGUGUGUGGAAGAGAAAACACAGGAGCUAACAGGAGUUACCAUGUGGUUUAGAUCAGUAGAGCCAUGACAAAGCCAAUUUUUUUAAGUUAGAUUAUACUGAGAUUCAGGGACAAAUAAUUUUGGGCACCACAGUGCUGUUUGUCAGGCCCUCACUGAGAUGCCCACAGGGCUAAGCUUGGUGGA